AUGAAGCACGUCAAAUGUUCAGGCAGCCCCUUCGAGAUUGGCCGGCAACACGGGAAUAGCGCCAAAACCGAGGUCCAUGGAAGUAUCGCUUUCUACGAGGCGUUUUUCAAGGAGCGCACCAAGCUGUCAUGGCCUCAGGUUCGCGAUGUUGCCAGAGCAUUUGUCCCUUUCCUCGAGAUGUCGUACCCGGACUACCUAGAGGAAAUGAAAGGUGUGGCAUCAGGGGCCGCUGUCGAUCUUGAGUCGAUUAUCGCACUGAACGUUCGUACUGAAAUCGCAUAUGGCAUGCUGAGUGACGGAUGCACUGCAUUUGCCUGGAAGACCUCGGAUGAGAGUUUCAUUGGCCAGAAUUGGGACUGGCGUAUCGAACAAACGCCAAAUAUCAUUUGUCUGAGCAUUGAGCAACCCCCCAAGCCGACGAUAAAGAUGAUGACCGAGGGUGGUCUUAUAGGCAAGAUUGGCUUGAACUCGGCCGGUGUUGGAGUCACUUUGAACGCGAUCGUAGCGCUGGGCGUGUCAUACAACAAACUUCCUGUGCAUCUGGCUCUGCGGAGAGUGUUAGACAGUACUUCCCGACAAGAAGCAGAAACCGCUCUGCAGCAAGCAGGUGUUGCGGCCGCGAGUCAUAUCACAAUUGCAGAUGCAGCCACAGGCGCCUGUGGUCUUGAAUGCUCUGCGCUCGAUAUUGUCGAAAUGCCCAUGGACCCCAGGGGGAUCUGCACCCAUUCGAACCAUUUUGUCAAAGAACACAAGGUGCAAGGCUCGUCUUUCUUGCCUGACUCACCUUUCCGCCUGAGCCGCAUCCAGGAACUGUUGAGUGGCAUUGAAAAGCCAACGAUGCACAAUUUCACCGAGAUGUUCAAGGACGAGAAGAACUACCCGGCCGCAAUUUGUCGAGCCGUGAGCGAGAAGAGCACCAUACAGACUUUGUUCUCAAUCGUUAUGGACCUGAAACAAAGGACUGCAAAAGUCAAGAUGGGUCGACCGACCGAGGGCGGAGAAGUCUUUGAACUGAGACUGUGA